AGUGUCUUUUUGGAAACAAUACCGUGUGGUGCUAAGCGGCGGCGCCUCAGGUUGCAAGCCCGGGGACUUUCCGGCUCCCGCUCUUUCCGCUGGCGGCUCUUGUUGGCGCUUCAAGCAGCAAGCAGACCAGAUGAAAGGCGGGAUCCGUUUCGGAGGGUUCGCGGAACGCCGCUUUGAAUAGGCGACCGGGGAGGGCUCCUUGGAUCUUGUCUCCCCGGGUACGAUCCUAAGCUUCUGCAGGAGAGGCGCAGUCGGGGCAACAGGUGAAAUGGAUCCUCCUGUUUACUUGGAAGAUGAUUUUUCCCAUUUGGAUGGGUUAGAUGAUGAUGUAUUCCACUCUGACGACUGUGAACUGGUCAGUCAGUCCAGCAAGAUGGCCUUUCGUGGCAUUUUCACUCAAAGCAAAUCUUACAACUGCCUCCUGGGCAGGUUCCAGCUCUUCCCACUUACGCACUGUUGUGGCCCAGGCAGCAGGCAUGCCAAACAACAGGACAAGGCAACACAGACCCUUAAUGCAUCCUCUUCCAGCCAGGAUAUCAUGUUACCUUGUGGAGUCACUGAAGAGCCUCAGAGACUCUUUUAUGGAAAUGCUGGAUACCGUUUACAUGUCCAACCAAUCGGUUUCACAUUGAAUCCACAUCUCCAGGAGGAACCUCAGGAAAGUCUGCAGGAAUUGCGUACCGAAGUUCAGAUUGCACGGAAGUUACAGUGCAUUGCAGAUCAGUUCCACAGGCUUCAUCUGCAGAGGCACCAGCAGAACAGAAAUCAGGUCUGGUGGCAGAUCCUCCUCUUCCUCCAUAACUUGGCCUUGAACGUGGAAGCCAAUAGACAGCGUGUGGGUCAGAGGUGAGACCCGCCUUGCCCCUUCCAGGUUCCAUCCAGUCUGCUGGGAGCACCGAACACACCCAGGUUACAAAUGCCUGUGCCACUGGACAGAUGUGAGGUUCCUGUGGACCCGAGGGUGCUUGUUAUUGUACAAAAGACUUGUUUUCCAUGGACUCGCCUUCUGACUCCCUUGUCUUCUGUAGUGGGGAGCUUUGGUCCAACACUGUUGAAGAAAGAUCUUCCCAAAUUGUCUGGCUUAUAAUCAAGGUGCAAGAAGGAGCUAAUCUAAGGAAGCUUUGGAAGAGUUGGUGAUGAACUGUUGGUGGUAUUCUAGGAUCAAGGUUUGGGGCAACUCCUGAUAAGUAAACUUUGAAGAAACUCUGCUAACAAGCAACUGUGAAACAGCAUAUAGAAUAUGUAUAACUGAAUCCUAACAUUUUAAAUACUGGAGAUACUGGUGUAAACAAGGAGUGAGUCUUGAAUAAUAACACACAACCAUUACGCUCAGGAAUAUGUAGGCUCCCCUCCAGUCUUUCAACUCAAGUCAGAAAAAAUGCAGUACUUUAUUAUCCAAUGUAACUUUCUUUACUACUCGAAAACUGUAACCCUUAUAGUAAUAAAAUAAGCCAUUACCCAACCAAUAGGAUUUCUUAAAUUUCCUUCCCUAAGGAGAGAAAGAAAGGCUUGUUCUUGGAGAGAGAAAUCCAGCUUCACAAGGACUUUCCUUAGAGCUGCAAACUGUCUGCAGUUACUACGGUGAAGGUUGGGAAGGGGAUGGGUGGGGGCUGCUAGUAGAGAUCCCGUUUUCCACUAUCCUCAUAUGCCAACAUGCCUCUAAAGAGGGUAGGAUCAUGGCAGCCUGGAGCUUGCCCCAUCCUUUUUCUUCCCAUUGGAAUCAUUGGGCGGGGCAAAGAAAGGAAAAUUUCUUUUGGGGGGAUCCAGUUGACACAAGCCACUAAAAUUACAGAAGAACCUAUUCAGCUACCUUGGUUUCCUCUCUUUUCUAAGUCUAAACAUCCAACAGAAUCCGUUUAACUUAGGAGAGAAAAGUGCCUUAAUUUUACAUUAAAGUCUCGUUACAGUCAUAUUCAGUAUCAGAGAUGGAGCCACAAACUACUGAAUGUCCCAUAUUACAUAUUUUUCUUUUGCCAUUUAGGAAAAAAAAAUGGAAGCAAAGUUUUUAUUGGGAGAACAAGAAAAUCAGGCACAUUGCAGGAAAUAAGGGGAAUGUUUUUUUUUUAUUGCCUGGCCAUAGAUAGAGGGGCAUCAAUCCACAAGAUUUUGAAAGGGGCUCUCCACUCUGGUUUUCAUGCUUCUGGACUUUUCAGUCUUAGGGCAAGUGAGAAGCGAGAUGAAUGAGAAGGCUGGUUAUGCAAAGAUUUGGCUAUAUUUUUUGCAAGAGACAUACCUUCCAAAGUGCUCUCCUGAAGACCUUUGCUAUUCUGAACUACAACACUUCCCCACCAUCUUAAGAGGCAGUAUUCUUACUCUAGGUGUUUUAAGAUUUAGAGUCAGAGGUCACACAGUUUGGUUAACGUUAAGUGCAUUUGUGGUUUCGCCCUCAUGCCUUUAGCAUGUUGUGCAGAUCUAGCCAAUUUGAUUAGUUUGUGCUUCAUUGUAUUUUGAGGAUCAAGAAAAUGGACUAAAAUAGGAAUUCAGUUGGGUGAUUUUGUGUUUAGUACUUCUUCCCAAAAUACUGUAAUGAAAGCAUCUCU